GCCCCUUUUUCACCGAGCUAGUGCAAUGCGAUACACAAAAUAUAUUUAAUAUCUCCCUUGUGUCUGUUUGAUGCUUUCCAGAUGCUUUCCAGAUAAUCUAAAUUCCCCUGUCUCCGUAUAUUUUCCGAUCCGCUGCCAUGGCUGGAAAAGCGGAAAAAAAAGUUGCUGAAAAGAAGGCCGCACUUACUCCUGCGGAGGCAUUUCAGAAGCAUGGAUAUGAGUUCUUUGGGCCCCCAGGGACUUUUAUCCUAAUCAUCGUUCUCCCGAUUCUCAUCUAUAUAUUUCCCUUCAUCUGCAACGAUAUUUCCGGAUGUCCAGCACCAUCCCUCCUCCAUCCUUCUACUCUUGUGCUUGAUACCUUAAAGCGAGAAGUUGGAUGGCCUGAAAAUGGUCUGAGGGGCCUUUACGAUGGCCAAGUAACCCUUUAUGUCCUGGGCUACUACCUUCUCCUGCUGGUUCUCCAAAUUGUGUUACCGGGGCAAGAGGUAGACGGAGUAGUUCUAGCAGGUGGAGGAAGACACAAGUAUAAAUUCAACACCUUUCUUACCACUAUUUUGGUCCUGGGGGGAUGCGCUGUGGGGAGCUAUAAAUUCGGGGCAGAGUUCCCAGUGUGGACUUUUCUUUGGGACAACUAUAUUCAAGUCAUCACCGCAAACCUCGUUAUCUCCGUGGCACUGUCAGUUUUUGUCUACCUUCGAAGCUUCACUGUUCCAGCUCCGGGACAGCCCAACCCGACACACCGUGAACUUGCACCCGGUGGUAGCAGUGGCAAUCUAAUUUACGAUUUCUUCAUGGGCCGUGAACUCAAUCCGCGAAUCACCCUUCCUAUCCCCUUUGUCAGUGAAGCGUCGAAAAUAUUCGAUAUCAAGGUUUUCUGUGAGAUGCGACCUGGUAUGUUGGGCUGGAUCAUUUUGAAUUUAUCCAACAUCGCACAUCAAUACAAAGUCAACUCCGGUCAGAUUACGAUGUCGAUACUACUCGUUACCUUUUUCCAGGCUUUCUACGCGAUCGAUAGUUUCUACAUGGAGCCUGCUAUACUUACCACAAUGGAUGUGAUCAUGGACGGCUUCGGAUUCAUGUUGUCAUUUGGUGAUCUUGUCUGGGUUCCAUUCAUUUUCUCAAUACAAACACGAUACCUUGCCGUGUACCCUCUGCAUAUCGGCCCACAGGGCAUUGCAAUGGUAUUGGGAGUUCAGGCAGUGGGAUAUUAUGUCUUCCGCAGCACCAACAACCAGAAGAACAGGUUCCGUACGAACCCUAAUGACCCUCGAGUAAAGCACCUUAAGUACAUCGAAACUGCAGCUGGCUCACGUCUGCUGAUAUCUGGCUGGUGGGGUUGUGCUCGCCAUAUCAACUAUCUGGGCGAUUGGGUGAUGUCUUGGGCAUACUGCCUUCCCACUGGUGUUGCCGGUUAUCUCAUGGUCGAGCAUGCAGAUCCAAUUACAGGAGCUAUUGAAAAACGCGCAGUCGAGGCCCCUGAGGUUCGUGGUUGGGGUAUUCCAGUAACGUACUUCUUUAUGGUGUACUUUACCAUUCUUCUCCUCCAUCGGGAGAGAAGAGACGAGGCAAAAUGCAGAAGGAAGUACGGCAAGGAUUGGGAUAGAUAUACUUCCAUUGUGAAGAGCAGGAUUGUACCAGGGAUUUAUUAA